CAUCCGCCCUCCUCCAUGGUAUAUAUAUUUCCAAUUUUAGGAUAUGAUGAUGAAAUGAAUCGCAUUACCAUAUUUAUAUAUAUAUACAAAGUUACAAACACCCUUUCUCUCUGCUUUUUUGGAAACGAGAAGAAAAAUAGAAUUUCAGUUCUUCCUCUUCCCUUAAUCAUCAUCAUCAUUUAGUCAAACCAACAAACAUCUCAAAGACACCCCACCAACCAAGGCAAAAAAAAAAAGUUUUAAAAAAUUAACAGAAAAUUGCGAGUACGUUGGAUGGAGGUGGAAGAUCAGGAGGUAGGAGGAAGAAAGUCGAGAUUCAAAAGGGUAUGUGUGUUUUGUGGAAGCAGUCCCGGAAAGAGGAAUUGCUUCAAAGAUGCUGCUGUUGAAUUAGGACGGGAACUGGUUUCAAGAAAGCUGGACUUGGUUUAUGGCGGAGGGAGUGUUGGCUUAAUGGGAAUCAUUUCUCAAGAAGUUCAUAGUGGUGGAAGACAUGUUUUGGGAAUAAUCCCCAGGACACUCAUGUGUAAAGAGAUAACAGGGGAAACAGUAGGGGAGGUACGAGCAGUAGGAAGCAUGCAUCAAAGGAAAGCUGAAAUGGCCCGUUUUUCUGACUGUUUCAUUGCCCUACCAGGUGGAUAUGGGACAUUGGAGGAGCUAUUGGAAGUUAUCAGUUGGGCUCAGCUGGGAAUUCAUAAUAAGCCAGUAGGUUUGCUAAACGUGGAUGGCUACUAUGACCCCCUUCUUAGCUUCAUAGACAAGGCAGUUGAAGAUGGUUUCAUCAAGCCUUCCCAGCGUCACAUUCUAGUCACUGCUCCAACCCCCAAGGAACUCCUUCAACAACUUGAGGAUUAUGUGGUUGUGCAAGAUGAUGAUGAAGUGGGGGGCAAUAGAGCAAGGUGGGAGGUUGAACAAGUGGAGCUCAAUGCAUCUUUGCACACUGAAAUAGCUCGUUAGAAAAUUCCUAUAUGUAACUAGCUGCCUUAUUACCUUACACCUGGCUGCAUAAAACCAACAAAGUCUCUUGGCCACUCUUUUACUUUUCUGUUAUUGUCAUCUUUUUCAACUUCUCUUCUCCUGUGGGGUUUUAGCUAAUUUCUUUAGAUUUUCUAUUAAUUUAGGAAAGCCAAUCUUCUCCCUCUGGAUAAAUGUAUGUACUUAAGGGGGAAAAACCAUCUUGUAUAUAUGCAAAUAACAUGAUAUGAUCAAUGUUUCCCUUUUGAGCUCUUCAUCCAUAAUAUCACGUUUUAAAUACGUU